AGUCAGUGACGGUUUGCGGAAGGAGGCGAAGGUUUUCAACUGCACGUCUCCUUCGGGUUAAGGUUCACAUAGCUGCAUCUCUUGCAAAGCGGCUUUGGCACCUUUCUGUCGGCGAAGCAUAACGAAGCAGCGAUGUACGCGCGCUCUCGAGGAAUUGUAUGACGAAAACGAUAGUCGAACGGUGCGUGGUGUUGUGUGGGCAACGAAUAUAUAGACUAGACUUACCAAGUCUAUAUUCGUUGCGGUGUGGGCGAUUCGAUUGUGCGGGGACGGUGCAGUAUCGAAUUCUCGAAAUUUGGACGCUUUUUGGAGGUUAGCCAAUCAUCGAGCUUCAUUGCGUCCGACAGCUUGAGGGUCGAUCUAAAACAAGGUUUGCACUUCGCACACAUGCCGUUAAUGCCAUCUGGCGUCGACGGACGGCUGCUCGAGCAGACGACGGCAGUCUCGGCCUCUUGACUCUUCUCUCGCUGUUCCGUGACGUCACAGUGUGGCACGAAAGAGCUGCCGAGGCUGGGAAAAUGUUGCGAUCACUGCUGUCGAAUCACACUUUCCAGCAAGGCCUGAGUUUGGUGGCUCGCAACAAUGCCGCCAUCCUGGGCAGUCAGGCUCCUCUCCUGGAGCACGCCAAGAAGAUGGCAACAGAGGCUGUGCCCUCCAAGCCUAUCGAGAAGGAAUCCAUAAGUCCAUUCCCAAAGAAGACCAACGUGGUGGAGUAUGCAAUGGCUAGAUUGGACGAUUUGCUCAAUUGGGGAAGAAAAGGUUCCAUGUGGCCGCUGACAUUCGGUCUGGCCUGCUGUGCUGUGGAGAUGAUGCACAUCGCUGCUCCCAGAUACGAUAUGGACAGGUUUGGAGUUGUGUUCCGAGCUUCUCCCAGGCACGCUGAUGUGAUCAUUGUGGCUGGUACCGUAACAAACAAAAUGGCACCUGCUUUGAGAAAAGUUUACGACCAAAUGCCUGAUCCCAAAUGGGUCAUUUCCAUGGGCAGCUGCGCCAAUGGUGGAGGCUACUAUCACUACAGUUACUCUGUUGUGAGAGGUUGCGACAGGAUCAUACCUGUGGACAUUUACGUACCUGGCUGUCCUCCCACUGCAGAAGCACUUCUUUAUGGAGUCUUACAGUUGCAGAAAAAAGUCAAGCGUAUGGAGACUACUCAAGUGUGGUAUAGGAAGUAAUCAAAUUUGUUUCUGAGAUUUAAUUAAGUAGUAAGGUUAUCAAUUCGAGAAAUUGUAAAAAAAAAUUAUGAAUUACGAUUACCAAUACAAGCUGAUUAAAUCACGUUUGCAACUGGAUUUCCAUCAUUGUACAGAGAUUUUGUUAACUGAAAAUGUUUUAUUAGAAUAAAUUUAAAAAAAACUUGAAAGAUGCAGAUAAAACUAUCUUCCUUACCAAGAUUAAUGAUUCAUUUAUAUUUCUUAAUCAUCCGUUUCGGAAAAAAUAAAUACACAAAAUUGUACAAACAACGCAUAUUUGUUUUAUUUGAAUAAAUAUUUUGUUUAAAUAA